AUGAGGCUUAUCAUCCGCGAUGACUCGGACACUGCUAGCUCCUAUGUAGCUAAUUACAUCAUGAACAGAAUCCGACACUUCAAUCCCACACCUUCACAUCCCUUCGUACUUGGCCUCCCUACAGGUUCGAGUCCUCUUGGUGUAUACAAGAUAUUAGUCGAGCAGUACAAGGCCGGAAACAUCUCCUUCGAAAAUGUUGUUACCUUCAACAUGGACGAGUACGUCGGUAUUCCUCGAGACCAUCCAGAGAGUUACCACUCAUUCAUGUGGAAACAUUUCUUCUCUCACGUCAACGUGAACCCAAAUAACGUCAACAUCCUCAACGGUAACGCUCCAAAUCUAGAGGCAGAAUGCGUUGAGUAUGAGGCCAAAAUCAAGCGUGUCGGAGGCAUUGACUUGUUCUUGGGCGGAAUCGGAGAAGAUGGACACAUUGCCUUCAACGAACCAGGCUCUAGUUUAGCCUCGAGAACUCGUGUCAAGACACUAGCCUACGAUACUAUUCUUGCUAAUUCCCGUUUCUUUGGCAAUGAUAUCGCCAAGGUCCCUAAGAUGGCCUUAACAGUUGGUGUCCAGACUGUUCUCGAGGCCCGAGAGGUUGUCGUCAUUAUCCUCGGCGCCCGCAAAGCUCUCGCUCUACAAAAAUGCAUCGAGCAAGGUGUCAAUCACAUGUGGACCCUUUCAAGUCUCCAGUUACAUCCUCACCCCAUGAUAGUUUGCGAUGAGGACGCCACAUUAGAAUUACAAGUUAAGACUGUUAAGUAUUUCAAGAGUAUCGAGCAAGUUGCAAGACAACAAGGAUUCGAGCAAAUUCUACCCUCGAGCAUUCGAACAGGGCCGGGACCAGUUCCCAAGACCGUGAUCGAAGAGGUUCAGUCCCCCACCAUUCUAGCACCUCAACCCAUGACCUCUCGUCUCCUGCUUGCAACACCGGCUGCUGAGUACCCCAUCCGAUCAGUGUCUCCGGAUCUUGUACCGGACCGAAUGGCAGAUCGUGUCGGAAUACCCGAUAUUUCGAGAAGAUUAACACCCCAACCCGAGCACCAGCAACGAGUAGCUAGCGUCGGGGCGUAA